AUGGCUUCUCGGGAGCAGCUGGUGCAGCAGGUGCUGGGGGAGCUGCAGGAGGCGGUGGAGUCUGAGGGCCUGGAGGGUCUCGUCGGGGCCGCCCUCGAGGCCAAGCAAGUCCUGGCUUCCUUCACCCUCCCCAGCUGCCGGAAGGGGGCCCCAGGGCUCCAGGUGCUGGAGGUGGACUCGGUGGCCCUGAGCCUGUACCCAGAGGACGCUCCCCGGAACAUGCUGCCGCUGGUGUGCAAGGGCGAGGGCAGCCUGCUGUUCGAGGCGGCCAGCAUGCUGCUGUGGGGCGACGCCGGCCUCAGCCUGGAGCUGCGGGCCCGCACCGUGGUGGAGAUGUUGCUGCACCGGCACUACUACCUCCAGGGCAUGAUCGACUCCAAGGUCAUGCUGCAGGCCGUGCGCUACUCGCUGUGCUCCGAGGAGUCCCCGGAGAUGACCAGCCUGCCGUCUGCCACCCUUGAGGCCAUCUUCGACGCGGACGUCAAGGCCACCUGCUUCCCCAGCAGCUUCUCCAACGUGUGGCACCUGUACGCUCUGGCCUCGGUCCUGCAGCGCAACAUCUACUCCAUCUAUCCGAUGCGCAACCUCAAGAUCCGGCCCUACUUUAACCGCGUCAUCCGGCCACGCCGCUGUGACCACGUGCCCUCCACGCUGCACAUCCUGUGGGCCGGCCAGCCCCUCACCAGCCACCUCUUCCGCCACCAGUACUUUGCCCCCGUGGUGGGGCUGGAGGAGGUGGAGGCGGAAGGGACUCCCGGCCUGAUCCCGGGGCCUCCGGGCCUGGCGCCACUGCCACCGCCUCCGCCACCGCCGGCCAAGACCCUGGAGCUGCUCAACCGCGAGCCAGGCCUCAGCUACUCCCACCUGUGCGAGCGCUACAGCGUCACCAAGAGCACCUUCUACCGCUGGCGGCGGCAGUCGCAGGAGCACCGGCAGAAGGUGGCGGCCCGCUUCUCGGCCAAGCACUUCCUGCAGGACAGCUUGCACCGCGGGGGCGUCGUGCCGCUGCAGCAAUUCCUACAGAGGUUCCCUGAGAUCUCGCGCUCCACCUACUAUGCCUGGAAGCACGAGCUGCUGGGCUCCGGGCAGGCCCCGGAGAAGCCCCCGCCGCAGGAGCAGGUGGCUGAGGGGCCGGGGUGCUCCCCGCUGGCGGCGCCCAGCCCGGGCGUGGUCCUGAUGCAGCGGGCCAAGAUGUACCUGGAGCACUGUAUCUCCCUGAAUACGCUGGUGCCCUACCGCUGCUUCAAACGCAGGUUCCCCGGCAUCUCGCGCUCCACCUACUACAACUGGAGGCGCAAGGCCCUCCGCAGGAACCCGGGCUUCAAGCCGGCCCCUGCCCUAGCGGCUGCCGGUGCUCCCCAGGCAGUGUCUGCUGGGGAACAGGUCCAGCUCCCAGGGAGGGGUGAGGGCGGAGGAGGGGUAGAGAAAGCGAGUGGGGGUCCCGCCGUCUCCCGGGAGCUCCUGCCACCCAAGAUGCCCCUGUCUCAAUGGCAGAGACGCCUGCGCCGCGCUGCCCGCAAGCAGGUACUCAGUGGGCACCUCCCCUUCUGUCGCUUCCGACUCCGCUACCCCAGCCUGUCGCCCUCCACCUUUUGGGUCUGGAAGAGUCUUGCCCGGGGGUGGCCUGGAGGCCUGUCCAAGCAUCGCCUGCCGGUCCCCACGGCCGGCAGAGCCGAGCAGGAGCCCACCGACAAGCAGGAGAAGGAAGCUCGCCGGAGCACAACAGCCGUGGUGGUCCCACCUGGGCCGGCCCUGCCAGGGGGGACUUCUUCCGGAGAUGAUUCGGUGAGACCCCAGGCAGGGCCUGCCAGAGAGGGGGUCCCAAGAGAGGCGGGGGUCGCAGCCCAGGGCCAGCCCCACCACAGGGGGUCCCUGGCGAGUGCCCCUGCGGUGGCCGCAGCAGGCAGCAGGGAUGGCCAGGUGCUGGUGAUGGACAUGCUCGCCUCCACCAAGUUCAAGGCCCAGGCCAAGCUGUUCUUGCAGAAGCGCUUCCAGUCCAAGAGCUUCCCCUCCUACAAAGAGUUCAGUGCCCUGUUCCCCCUCACCGCCCGCUCCACCUACUACAUGUGGAAGCGGGCCCUGUAUGAAGGCCUCACCCUGGUGGAUGGCUGA